UCCUGUGGGGUGUGUAAUCAUAUUUAUAGUACCUUUUAUUAGUUUGCAUUCCAUCGUGGUAAUGUGGUGAUAUCAUAAAUAACAGAGAAACAUAAUAUCCAAUGCUUGUGAAAGGGUUUUCCUGCAGCCAGGGAAUUUUUCCUUGUCGUUAAUUUGGCUUGCCGGGGAGGUGGGGAAAUAACAGUGUGUGCUCAUGUGUUCAAUUCCCGGUCUCGAGCAUUGGUUAGAGAGUCCCAGCGCCCUGCCUCGAUCGGAAAGAACUGUCCCGUGAAUUUGAUGCGGUUUAGAUUUAUAGCAGCAUGGCUUGGACUGUGUUUGCUGCCUUAGUCAGCUGUGAGAGCUCCCUGCUGGGGCCACUCCUGUCUGAUGGAAAAGCAGCAGCUGGGAAGGUGCUGUUUCAGGCUCUUGCUGUUUAAAAAAAAAAAAAAAAAGAGAGAGCAGGAGAGGGGGGAAAAACUCCACUAAGUCCACAAGCUGGCAUUGGAGGGGGAGACCGUGGUCAUGUGGUUCUGGCCAUCCUACCCUCUGUCACAGUGUGGAUGAGAGCUUUUUGCUCUUAUCCAAUCAUGCCUGGAAUGCCGCUUGCCACUUGGGUUAUUUCUGCUAUCUGUCGCUCUUGGUGCCGCAGUGCUAACGGUUUGGCAGAUGGGACACUUUUUCUUGGAGUUUGUGCCUUCGGUUUUUGACUUCUGGCAGCGCCGGGCUUGCCUUUGCCGCUCGCCCUCUCCCUCCCUGCCCCCCUGGGCACCAUGGCCCAUCGGCUUCGGUUUCAUUUUGGCUCUGGGCGCAGCAACACAGCCCCCGAGUCCGAGAUCCUAGACCAGGAGAGGGAAGACGACUUUUUCAUGGCAUUCCACACGCUCCCGCGGAGGAGCGGCGCGCACCCCUUCGCCCAGCACGGAGCGGAGGACGGCGGCGGCCUGCAGGAGGCCGUGGGCGCGCUCAAGCGCAGCACGUCCAUGUUCAUCCCGCAGCUCCUGGGCCCGCUCGACGCGCGGCCCACCCGCAGCUCGUCCGUGCAGAUCUCGCUGCAGCGCAAGGCGGCCGACGGCGCCCCCGACGCGGGCGCGCCCCCCGAGGGCCUGGACGGCGAUGCGGGCUCGGCACCUCGAGCCGGCGGCCCGGAGCCCCCGGAGCCCGAGACCCCCGGGAGCUCGCCUCCGAGGGCCGCCCGGGCCCCGGGCCCGCAGCUCAACGGCACGUGCGGCCGCCAAGCGCCGGGCCCCGCUGCCUGCGAAGGCCGCGAAGAGGCCUCCCGGGGCCCCGAGGGUGGCGGCGGCGGCGGCGGGCUGCGGAUCCAGCACCGCGCCUCCAGCGCCGAUGUGCGCCAGGUGAGGCUGACGCCCUUCGGGGCCGAAGGCCAGAGCAGCCCUUCGGCGCCGGAGCCCAGGCGCUGGUCCCUGCAGCACGUUCCGGAUGCUUCUGGAAGCUCUGGGAAGCGCUGCUUCGUCUUCCAGUUGCAGCAGCCACAACCGGGCGCUCCGGGGCUGGGCGGUGACUUCAACUUCGGCUUCACCGGCACGAAGGGCGACCGGCUGGUGAGGUACCCCCGCAUCCGGCUGGAGAGGAGCACCUCGUACCCCACGCAGCCCCGAGCGGAGCGCGGGAGCCCCACGGAAGAGCGAGGCCACCCGGGUCACCCGGAGACGCCGCCUCGGGGCCGCAGGGGGGCUCCCGAAAUCCACAGGACGAACUCGGUGGAAAGGACGCCACAGGGGCAGGGCUGCACGUUUAAGAUCAGGCAGGAUCAAAACGCGGGGCAACAGCACUUCAGAAUUCUCGUGACUCGGGGGCCGGAAGAGGCCCCCCAGAAUCCCGAGGAGAAUAACGCCAGCAGCCCCGGUUCCACGGUAGCUGGCUCCCCGACCCGAGACGACUUCCUGGGACAGGUGGACAUACCCCUGAAUCAUCUCCCGACCGAAGAUCCGACCAUGGAGCGACCCUAUACAUUUAAGGAUUUUCUCCUUAGACCAAGAAGUCAUAAAUCUCGAGUUAAGGGAUUUUUGCGAUUGAAAAUGGCCUAUAUGCCAAAAAAUGGAGGUCAAGAUGAAGAAAACAGUGAGCAGAGAGAGGACAUGGAGCAUGGCUGGGAGGUCGUGGACUCGAAUGACUCGGCCUCCCAGCACCAGGAGGAGCUUCCCCCGCCUCCACUGCCUCCCGGCUGGGAAGAGAAAGUGGACAAUCUGGGUCGUACCUAUUACGUCAACCACAACAACCGGACCACUCAGUGGCACCGACCAAGCUUAAUGGAUGUGGCCUCCGAGUCGGACAGCAACAUCAGGCAGAUCAACCAGGAGGCCGCGCACCGACGCUUCCGCUCGCGCAGACACAUCAGUGAGGACCUGGAGCCGGAGCCCAGCGAGGGCGGAGACGGCCCAGAGCCUUGGGAGACCAUUUCCGAGGAAGUGAACAUCACUGGAGACUCCCUCAGUCUGUCACUGCCCCCUCCGCCGUCCUCUCCAGUGUCCCGGACCAGCCCUCAGGAGCUGUCUGAGGAGCUGAGCAGAAGGCUUCAGAUCACUCCAGACUCCAAUGGGGAGCAGUUUGGUUCUUUGAUCCAAAGAGAACCGUCCUCAAGGUUGCGGUCCUGCAGCGUGACGGACACCGUUGCCGAGCAAGCUCAUCUACCACCGGGUGCCAAGGAUUCACCCGUACGUCGGGCUGUGAAAGAUACCCUUUCCAAUCCACAGUCCCCACAGCCAUCACCUUACAACUCCCCUAAACCACAACACAAAGUCACACAGAGCUUCCUGCCACCCGGCUGGGAAAUGAGGAUAGCACCAAACGGCCGGCCCUUCUUCAUUGACCAUAACACAAAGACUACAACGUGGGAAGAUCCACGCCUGAAAUUUCCAGUUCAUAUGCGGUCAAAGGCCUCUUUAAACCCCAAUGACCUUGGCCCUCUUCCUCCUGGUUGGGAAGAAAGAAUUCACUUGGAUGGCCGAACAUUUUAUAUUGACCAUAGCAGCCAGGUGUUAUGUGGAGACAAUGAUCCCAGAGAAUCAGUGCCCUCGUACGACAGCAAAAUUACUCAGUGGGAAGACCCAAGACUGCAGAAUCCAGCUAUUACUGGUCCGAAGGCUGUUCCUUACUCCAGAGAAUUUAAGCAGAAAUAUGACUACUUUAGGAAGAAAUUAAAGAAACCUGCUGAUAUUCCGAAUAGGUUUGAAAUGAAACUUCACAGAAAUAACAUCUUUGAAGAGUCCUAUCGGAGAAUCAUGUCUGUGAAAAGACCAGAUGUCCUGAAAGCUAGACUGUGGAUCGAAUUUGAAUCGGAGAAAGGUCUUGACUAUGGGGGUGUGGCCAGAGAGUGGUUCUUCCUACUGUCCAAAGAGAUGUUCAACCCCUACUAUGGGCUUUUUGAGUACUCUGCGACGGACAACUACACGCUUCAGAUCAAUCCCAAUUCAGGCCUCUGUAAUGAAGACCAUUUGUCUUACUUCACUUUUAUCGGAAGAGUUGCUGGUCUGGCAGUGUUUCACGGGAAACUUUUAGAUGGUUUCUUCAUUAGACCAUUUUACAAAAUGAUGCUGGGAAAGCAGAUAACCCUGAAUGACAUGGAAUCUGUGGAUAGUGAAUAUUACAACUCUUUGAAAUGGAUCUUGGAAAAUGAUCCCACUGAACUGGACCUCAUGUUCUGUAUCGAUGAAGAAAACUUUGGACAGACCUAUCAAGUGGAUCUGAAGCCCAAUGGGUCAGAAAUAAUGGUAACAAAUGAAAACAAAAGGGAAUAUAUUGACUUAGUCAUCCAGUGGAGGUUUGUGAACAGGGUCCAGAAGCAAAUGAACGCCUUCUUGGAGGGAUUCACAGAACUGCUUCCUAUUGAUUUGAUUAAAAUUUUUGAUGAAAAUGAGCUGGAGUUGCUGAUGUGCGGCCUUGGCGACGUGGACGUGAACGACUGGAGACAACAUUCUAUCUAUAAGAAUGGCUAUUGCCCAAACCACCCUGUCAUUCAGUGGUUCUGGAAGGCCGUGCUGCUCAUGGACGCGGAGAAGCGGAUCCGGCUACUGCAGUUUGUCACGGGGACGUCGCGGGUACCCAUGAAUGGGUUCGCCGAACUUUAUGGUUCCAAUGGUCCUCAGCUGUUUACAAUAGAGCAAUGGGGGAGUCCUGAAAAACUGCCCAGAGCUCACACGUGCUUUAAUCGCCUUGACUUACCUCCGUAUGAAACCUUCGAAGAUUUACGAGAGAAACUUCUCAUGGCCGUGGAAAACGCUCAAGGAUUCGAGGGGGUGGAUUAAGCUCCCCCCUCCUCGGGGUGGUUGUUCAUCGAGCGAGUCCUGCUUGCACUUUUGCAUUUGCCCAACACCCGACUUUGCAGAGACCGAGGCGGAAGAGCGGCCGCACACGGCGGCCUGGCUCCCGGGGCGGGGCCUCCACCCGCGACUUACCCAGGUUCAGACGCGGGAGCCCGGUCCCAGGUCGCGUUCCUGCAUUUUCCACCACGAAUUAUCAACCGGUUGAUGUGUACACUAAUAACAUUUCAGGAGGACUUAUUCUAUUUAUGUUGUGCCUCUGUAGGCAAAGCCCUUAAUAAAUAUUUUACAUACUUUAUAAUGACAAUGAAUGGGAUUAAUCACUCUACAGGUAUAGUAUUACAACUCAUGUUUACUUUUUAAAAUGAUUUAGACCGAUUUUCAGAUUUUAUUUCAUUACAAUUAAAGAUGUCUCGUGUACUUGGAAAAGUGAGCAUAUUUUUUUUGUAUUUGAAUUUCAUACCAGGUUUAAUGUCAGUGACAUUUUUAUUUUUGAAGUACUUUGACACCCCCCCCCCACUCCCUAUGUUAUUAGAAUUGAAAGACUGUUGUUGGUUUUUUGUUUGUUUUUUUUUUUUUUUUUGUCCAGAUACCUACGGACAAGUACUUUGAGAGAAUUUAAAAUAUAACAUUAGACAUAAUGCUACUUUUCUCCAUACUCUGAGAGAAUGGAAAACAAACUGGAUAUUACAUUUUGUGUGUGUGUGCAAAUUUAGCGUAAUAGCUCCAGGCUGAGAGAAUUGUAACAUAGCAUGACAAAUUUGGUGUUGACUUGAAGGAAGGAACCACACCGUUAUUCCUUAGAAGUAAUUCCGUGUGCUAGAACACAUUGGAGGCAGGGUCGGACUGUCCUUUCUCAUUAGGGAAAUUACUGAACCCUCCAUGAUGCUGUACAGCCAUUCUCCUUUUACCUUUUCCAAACUCUUUGCUGUUUGUCGUAGAGACAUUUGAAUGGGCCUCGACACUCGCUUGAUUGGAAACCGCGGAAACCAGCUCUGUGUCGUGUCCCGUUUGUACGCGUUUGCCAGCGGUCGCUAAAUAACCCGUUUUUGCUCUAACGGCACCAGUUCCGAAGGCACUUUAUGUUCUCCCUGGGGGUCCUCUCUGGUUUUGUUGAUGGGUUGUUGUUGUUUUUCAAUCAUAGACAUUAAAUGUGAUGAUGACUUCUUCUCCCUGCACACAUCUUUCUGGUGCAAUAUCUAUCAAUUGUGAAUCCGGCUGCUGGUGUAUAAAACCUGGAUGUAAAGCUGAGCCUACGCACCUGUCCUCACCAGUUGUUUUGUGAUCUCUACUCAACUACCAAGAUCAUUUUAAUGCACACUCCGCCUAACCGGGUUUUGUCACCUAGGACAUGUUGCAUGCUUCAAUACUGUGUCCCGCCUGAGUUGUGUCUGUUCUGUGCUGGAUUAAAAGUGAGCGGGAACUCUCUGACUUGACCCCCGCGGUCGCGCUGCGAAGCUGGCGGUGCCCGGGGGGAGGGUUCCGCGCCGUCGGGACCCUUUGGCACUUGUGAGCGUUCGUUGCGGGAUCCCGUGGUGUUUUGAGAGAAAGCCUGAGGCAGCGCGGCAGUUCAGCCCUGCUGUCCUUUUAACCUGUGUUGUUCUAAACCCCGUCGCGAGUGGGGGGGACUCUAGAGAUGUGAUCCCUUGCCACUCGUAGAUAAAGACAGAAAAUUGUGGUUUCAGGGCCUCCCCGUUUGUUACGGAAGAAGGACCUUUUGGUGGAAGAAAUUCAUUGUUCCCCAGCUCCAGGUGGCUCGUGAGAAACCAGGAACGUUUGUGGUUAUAAAUGAACUGCCUAUAGAGGUGCAGAGGUCGGAGGUGUCUGAGAGAAGAAGGGUUUCUGCAGAGCUGAGGGUUGGCCCCCCUUUCCUGUUGAUUUAAAAAUACCCAACAGGGAUCAGAAAGCUUAGAUGUCGAGUAAUCAGAAAAAACAACAUGGCUUAUUAUUUUUAUCUACUUGUGGGAUUUUUUCCCCCCCGUCAGUCAAUAUAACCAGUGUCCCAUGGCAAAAAAAAAAAACCCCUUUGUGUAACCCCUCACUGUCCAGAGGGCUUUCUUGUUAGCCUCACGCCAAAGCCAGUGCUUGGAUGGAUUCUGAGAGUGAUCAUGUCAUCAUAGGGGAGAAAGCCUACGAUUCUAGUUGAAGAUCCGGGAUUCUGUCAUUUUGCAAACUGGAUACUCAAAAAAUCAGAAUAUUUAGUAAAUGCAAAUUAGGCAAAGUGUUAAAAAUGUGAAAGAAAAACCCAUCCUAAGUUACUUCCUGUACCAGGAGCAGAUAAGAAUUUUCGAACUGGACCCCUUUGAAUACUUGAAUGACGUAUUUGUGAAUGACGGUUCAGUUCACCUACCGCUAAAUAUUGGAUUGCAGCAACGGCUGAAUAGUGCUGGGUUUGGGGUUUGUUUUUGUUUUGUUUUGCUUUUAAUCCACACAUGAGGUUCCCUCAAUCUCAGCAGUUCUCGAUGCUUCACUCUGUCUAAAACAGUCCUAGAUCUUGUUUUCUCCAAGUCCUGACAACCACUGUCCCUUGCCUCCAGGACAGAGUCACAGGUGGUGGUUAAGAAAACGCACCGUUGGAACCCACAGGCCUGGCGGGGAGGGUGGGCCACCUCUUCCUGUUACCCCUAGCAGUGGCCCUUCUCCCAAGUCCAAGGUCUCGGUCCCCGCCCCCCCCCCCGCCCCCCGUUCUCUUAAAAAUUCCCCGAGUCUGGCUUGUUUUAAGUUUCCUGAAGAAGGUACCAUUAUUAUGGGUCAUUUUGCCACAAGGUUAAGAAGCUGGUUCCAGGGCAACUGCAUGAUGGACAUGAGUUAUCACAACUACAGGAUUUCGAUCCCCGUCCCUUGUUGGCCUGAAGGCGAAUUUGGAAAGUCUGGAUUGGCUUCCCAUAGUGCGCUGCUUUCCCACCGCUGCCUCUGGAACAGGAGACAAUGAGGCAGUUGUCACCUGUUUCAAAGUUGUAUUCCGCUUUAACGCAUUUUCCGUUAUUGACUUUUCUAUAUUCUGUACCAGAUCACAAGAAUGUAAGAUGCUUCUCUAAUUUUUGUUUACAAGGCCCUUUGGUCGAACAUGAGCUAUUCCUGAUGGUCAGAUGACAGAUGCUCCAAAGCGUCUGACAUGGGUUAUUCCUCCCACAUAAGGAUGCAGUGACAGAUUCGGAGACGUGAUUUUGCAAAAUAUUUGAACCACUUUCUACAUCUCACAUUGUUAAAUAGACAGCGUGUACCAUUGCUGUUUGAUCUUGCCAGAUCCAGAUCGGCUCUCUUGAAAGCCACGUUCGUGUGCAGCAAAUUACUGAUUGCCCCAACAGUUACUAAUUGUUUAACACCCGACUCGAGCAUUUUCGUAAGUCUUGUAUCUCACCUCCGAACUUUCAAAAUCUAUAGACAGCGUGGGUUCGUCAAUUCCCAAGCCCCUCCCCACUGCGCUAGGCACCCACUUUCUUCUCUGCUAACUCCACGCCGGUGUCCUGACAGGGAGAGGUCACCGCUGUCCGGUGUCAUUUCCUGCCUCGUCAGUAGGGGGUGCUGCUGUGCAGAGUAACUGUCUGGCCCGCUCCCUUCCUGGCCCCCAGGAGAUCUGAGCACUACCUCUGUCUCAUUCAGGCUUUGGGGUACAUCCUGAUAAGUCAUGUCAAAACUGCCAAUUUCAGGUCUGAGAUGCGUUUUUAAAACUCCUGAUAAACUCCACUUUGUACUUUAGAUUUUAAAACUGGGAAGAAAAUGUGAUAUACUUUGGACCACUUUUUUUAAUUUAUCUAAGCCUUAAUGAAUAGUGUAUAUACACUUGCAUACACACAUCCCCACCCCGGCGUGCUUUCAGUGUGUCAGAAACAAUGCUGUAGCAUUAGGACGUGAGCUUGUAUACUGUUUUAUUUCAGGAGAGGCUCGCUUUCUGUUUGUAUGAAAUUUUCCAGUAAAACUUCUCCCUAGACAUCUGUCCUUUGUGAAAGGCGUUACGCGCAAAGCAGCGCAUGUUUAAGGUGCGUGUCUUGUUGUUUGUCGGUUUCACGUUUCCGAGUAUCGAUGGGAAUCUAACGACAUUGGCGACAGACCUCUGUGUCCUGCAUCCCAACCUUGUGUCAGAGCAUUGAAAGCCUUUCUGAUGACCAUAACCCUGUGUCUGGAGACAUCUGUGUUCCUGUAUAAGCCAGCUUGCCCUCUUACUCAGACUGACUUCACCUAGAUUGUCACGGUUUCCUUCAUGUUAACUUCGCGUGACUUUGUUUUUCCUUUACUACUACUUAUGUGAUAUGUAUAUACAAACGUACGUACGUAUGCUGUCCAAAUAUAUAUGUGUAUAUUUGUAUAGCAUUUUUACACCUUUCUUGAGCAAUCUGGUUUCGAAAGGGAGUGAGAGCUUAGUCCUUCUACAGUUUUCUCCACGCCGUGUCCUGAGAUUUCUGACCCUCGGAGCCUGAGAGCACCCCAGGAAAAUGAUGCUAAUAUGCUGUCAUUCCCUAAUUCAGGAUUUAUUACCAAAUGAAACAUGAAAACAACAGUGACUUUUAAGGUGAAAAGAGUUUCAAGCAUUCCAAAUGAAUUCUCAAUGUUUCGUAACUUUUUAUUAUAAACCCCACCUCCUAAUACAAAGCCAAGUACUAUUUGAUACAGUGACUAAAAACCAAACUACUGGGAAAUUUUUUAAAGACAACUUACGGAUAACGCUCCUUUUCACAAUCAGAGUCGCUUUAAAAUAUGGUGGAAUUUGAUACAGGAAAAGUUUUAAGUACAAAUCCUUUUUGCUUUUCAUUUUUCUUAAGAGAUCUGAAGAGAAAUUGUAGAUUGUUUUCCUGACAGCAAAAGAGAAAUGUGACAAAAUGAAGUCGUUGUAAAGAAGGUGAUACAACUUGUCAAAUAUUUAAUAAAGAAUUAUGGAAGCUGGAA